GCUCCCCCUCCACAACAGCAGGCUGGAGCCCAUCUCGACACUUGCAAUACACAUCAAACACAGUGAACACGCCAACAUGUCUGACGGCUCACAUUCAGAGAAGCCUAAAGCCGGCGCCGAAUCACCGACCACGGCUCGCGAGCUCGAUUUCGACGAUGACCACGACGAGAGCCGACCCAUCAAAAGCCCUACGCCCAAGCAGGUCAGCUUCGUUGAGGUCGAGGACGAAGAUGCUCCAUCAAAGCCCGCCCGCCCUCUGAGUCCCCAAUCUCAGAACGAGAAGACCCUCAAGGAGGCCUUUCCCACAAUCGACGCCAAGGUCAUCCGCGCCGUCUUGAUAGCAAGCGGUGGCAAUGUCGAACCUGCUUUCAACGCUCUUCUAGCCAUGUCCGACCCAGACUUCAAACCCGAGGAGGCUCCCCCACCGCGUCCCCCGAGACCUACUCAGGCUCAGCGACAGCUUGAUGCCGACGAGCAAUACGCUCGUCAGCUCGCUCAACACUUCCAGUCUGAAUCUCGUCCUCAGCGUGCUAUGAGAGACGAGGAUGAUCGCGGCCCGCCUCUGCCCAACCGCCCUAGACAGCAGCAGCGUCCAGGCCUUGCUGAGGAUGACCGAGAGUACAGCUUCUUUGAUGAUGACCUACCCCAGAUCAAAGAGAACGUGCGCAAGGGCUUCUUGGAGACGCAAACAAAGGUCAACAGAUGGAUCACUGACUUCAGAAAGAAGCUGGACGGAGAGGACAACGACGACCCGUAUGCCGGUCCGACCAGGCAGGAUAGCCCACCUCGCAGGCAGAACUAUGGUCCCUCGCAGUCCGAGCAGCUCUAUGGUAUCCGCAGAUCGGCCGAUGUGAGCAGAAAGAGCACAGACAAGGAUCGCUACGACUUGGACAACCGCGUCUUGGACGACGAUUUUACUGCUCUAGAACUUCGCGACGAUGAGGCUCCUUCGCGUGCUUCGUCCUCGCGCAAUCGCCCUCUCGCCAACCCUGACCUUUUCAAGGCCAAUGUCGCCCCACCUCAAUCCGGUCCGGUAGACGAGGUUGACGCCAUAGACCGAAGGAACCAACGUCAACCCUCUCCUAGUGGUGCCUCCAAGUCAGCCAAGUGGCAGCCUUUGACUUCGAUUGCUCCCAAUCCUGAGUCCGAAGAGAACGACCCCUUUAGUCUGGGUGACAGCGAUGACGAGAAGGAGACCAAGACCAAGGAUACCAGAGAGUCUGACACUGCCCGCCUGAAAGAAGCUGCUCGUAAGAGCGUGACGGCCGAGUCCGCUGAUGCUCCGAAAGAGCUCCAGGCCAGCGAAAGAUCUGGAAGCACCAAUGUCAGGGACAAGGAAGCCGAGGCUUUGUUGACUGGCAAGAAGCCUUAAAGCUUACACAUCGUAUACCCCUGCUUCACUUUUGCGAUCUUGAUAUACAUAGCGAACACAAUGGAACAAGCACGGUCAUUUUACAACGUUGAUCUGAUAUUUCAAGAUAUCGAAGACCAUCACCCUCAAGCACAAAUCGAAAGCUUCUUUUACUAGUAUCCAACGGCCUGUUUU